AUGCUCUCCGCUAUUAUCCCGUUCUUAAAUCACCCCACCAACAUGACACAAACUUUCCUCUUUCUCAUUUUUUACCUCUUCCCCCCCCUUUCAUUCGUCCAUUCAACAAGUCGUUUCCUCCUAUCUCCAAGAUAUUUCCUACCAUUUACCCAGUUCUCUCCCUUUCUCUCUCUCGCUCUUUACCUUUGUUCUGAUAUUUUUUUCUUCUUUUCUUGCUUUCUUUUCUUUCUUUCUUUCUUUUCUUUCUUUCUUUCUUUCUUUCUUUCUUAUUUAUUUCCUUUCUUUCUUUUUUUCUUUUUUUUUCUAAAUUUAUUCCCUUUCUUUCUUUCUUUCUUUUCUUUCUUUCUUUUCUUUCUUAAAUUAUUUUCUAUUUUCUUUUCUUUCUUUCUUUCUUUCUUUCUUUCUUUCUUUCUUUCUUCUUUCUUUUUUUUUUUCUUUUUCUUUCUUUCUUUCUUUCUUUCUUUGAGGAAUUUUUUUUCUUUCUUUCUUUCUAUUUAUUUUUUUUUUCUUUUUUUCUUUCUUUCCUUUCUUUCUUUCUUUCUUUUUUCUUUCUUUCUUUCUUUUUAUUUCUUUCUUUCUUUCUUUCUUUCUUUCUUUCUUUCUAUUUAUUUUUCUUUCUUUCUUUCUUUCUUUUCUUUCUUUUUUUUUUCUUUCUUUCUUUAUUUUCUUUCUUUCUUUCUUUCUUUCUUUCUUUUUUUCUUUCUUUUUCUUUUUCUUUCUUUCUUUCUUUCUUUCUUUUCUUUUUUCUUUUUCUUUCUUUCUUUCUUUUCAUUUUUUUCUUUUUCAUCAAUUUUCUUCUCUUAUGAACUGCUUCCUUUAUUUGCUCAUUCAGUCUUCAUGACUCUUCUUUUGUUCUCCUCUCCUACAGUUUUUUUUCAUUUUACUUUCUUGUUAAGCCAUUCCUUCUACUUUGCAGCACACCCACAGUUAUCUCUCUUAUUCAUUAAAUCUCAGACUUUGUCAUGA